CUCCCUCUCUCCGUCCCUCUUCAGCAUCCUCAGCAUCCUCACAUCCCUGUGGCUCUUUCCAUAUGCAAAGCAGGACAUAUAUCCAAAGAGAUCAGGCCUUGGGAUAUUCCCAGCAUGGGCCACCAGUAAGGGCAAUGGGAGACCAAAAGACUGGCAUUGGGGGCUUAAGGCUUGCCCCCAUCCCAGAGCCAGAAAUGGAUGGUAGAAUCCAGAAGGCUGUGGAGUUCAAGGCAGAAGGAAAUCGCUAUUACAAAGACAAGAAAUUCCGAGAUGCUAUUGGCAAGUACCACCGGGCUCUGCUGGUGCUCAAGGGCGUCCAUGAAGAAGGGGAGGAUGGGAAAGGAAAUGGCAGGGAAGCAGCAAGGUUGACGGAUGCUCAGAAAGUCCGGGUGGAGGCCACAGAGAUUGAGUGUUAUGACAACCUGACUGCCUGUUUGCUGCAGUCGGAGCUGGUGAACUAUGAGCGGGUAAAGGAAUAUUGCCUGAAGGUGUUGGAGAGACAGAACAGCAACUUCAAAGCCACCUACCGAGCUGGCAUCGCCUUCUACCACCUAGGGGACUAUAGCAAUGCCCUGCUGUAUUUGAAGGAAGCCAGAAGGCGGGAGCCCUCAGAUACCAAUGUUCUUCGGUACAUCCAGCUGACAGAGAUGAAGGUGCAGAGAUCCAGCCAACAAGAGAGGAAAGGAUUAAAAGAAGUUAUUGGAUAACUAACUCCUUCCCUCAUACAUUCUCUAGCCCUUUAUCAGACUUAGGAUGCCAUCUAAGGAAUGGAAUGACCUGCUGCAAUGUAAAGCCAUGGCCAGCUAAACCAGCCUGUUUUAGUAUCCGCCAGUGUAUGAGGAUACUGAAUAUAAUCAGGAGAGUACCACUAGCCAGAUGUCAAACUGUUCAAGUGUCUUUCUGAAAAAAAAAAAUCUGUCUAAAAUCCACAUUUCUCUUUUGCUCACAUUGACUACCUAUAUGUAAAUAUAUGUUUGUUUGUAUAGAUGUAUAUAUAUAUAUAUAUAUAUAUAUAUGCAUAUAGAUAUAUAUAUAUAUAUACCUAUAUAAUAUAUGAGACCUCUGUAGUGCUUAUUGAGUAAGCCUCAUGUAUGAUUUAUAAAACCACAACGAUGUUCAAUAGACUUGGCAGUUUUUCUCUGCACAGGCAUAUAAUAGCUAUAGUCUGAAUACCCACUGAUGGUCUAGGGCAGCGUUUUUCAACCACUGUUCCGCGGCACACUAGUGUGCCGCGAGAUGUUGCCUGGUGUGCCGUAGGCAGGGCACCAAUGUACUAGGGGGGCACUGCUCUUGGCACCAAUGUACUAGGGGGGCACUGCUGCUGGGCACCAAUGUACUAGGGGGGCACUGCUGCUGGGCACAGAGUUAAAUUUUUUAACAUUUUCUAAUGGUGGUGUGCCUCGUGAUUUUUUUCAUGAAACAAGUGUGCCUUUGCCCAAAAAAGGUUGAAAAACACUGGUCUAGGGUUUCAGAUGACUGUUUAGAUUAAGGGCAGAUUAAAGUUCAGAUUAAUGCAACAGCACACAUACAGUAGCAUUUGUAUACAGACGGAGGAAGCGAUGCACUGUCAUGCACUCACCCUUUUAGUUCAAUUGCCAGGCCUGGUGUUGGCCUGUGUGGAGCUAUACGGAGUGAAGAUUGGCCUGAAAACACUAAAGCAUACAUUUUCAGGCCAAUCUGUGUAGCUCCACAAAGGCUGAUGGAAUAGUGUGCUAUCACCAGGGAAAAACACCCUUAGGUGACAAGUGCCUGCAAAAAAUAGCCCAGUCUGCUAAGGUCCAUAAUAUAGGCCCAUAAUAAAAUAAAUAAAUGUGGCACUGUAUAGGCGCAAUUCAUGCUUUGCAAACUAAAAAAAAAGACAUGAAUGUGGCAGUGUUUCAGGCCUGCCUGGGCCAUUUGUCUAGAAUCAGAUGGCAUGCAUGACCAAAGUCAUCCUUACACUUUACAGCAAAAAUGAAAGGCUUCCAGCACUUUUGCUUUUACAGGUUCCAUUUGUUCUUAUACAUAUAUAUCUAAUGGUAUAAGUGCAAGUUGUUUUAGUGCCCCUACAUUCCUCAGGGUGCAGAGCCAGGAAAUACCUACGCUUUAGAGGGCACUAAGGAAAAAUACUUUUUUUCUGCAAUCUUUAUUUGACUUUAUUUUGAAUUUAAAUCUACAGAGGCAAUACUGAAAACUCUAUUUUCUACACAGAAGAGAUUUAAACACAAACAAGGUUCACCCAUCCUUAAAUAGAGAGGAGAAUUCACCUUUGCACCUGUUCCUAAAGUCUUUAGUUGCUAAUUUCCCUUUUUCCCCUGUUUACACUGGUAACAAAAAUGCCAUCAAUGUAUUCAUGGGACAUUUGUUAUGUCUGUUGGGUUUAAAACGGGUUUAUGGGCACUGAUGUUUGUGAUAGCAUGUUAACAGAAUCUCAUUACAAGGUUUAAAGCUAUUUUUACAUUAUACAACAUCAGUGACUCAAGCCCAAAUAACCCUGACGUAGGGGAAAAAAAAAACGAUUGAUAAAAAGAUCAAUAGAAACGCAAGGAUUCACCACAGAAGGAUCCCAAGGGGUUCAUUCACAAUUCUGAUGAGCUUUGUAACAUAUUUGCUCAUUAACAAUUUGCAGCAGAGCCAGCGGUUUCUGUCAAUUAAGCAUAAGCCCUACAGAGGCAGAAGUGUGUAUCAUAGACUCCUGGUACAAAUUAAUACAGUGUAGAACGUCUGACUGCUGUUCCUACGUAAAUGAAGUUACAUGUUCUGGCUAGGUGAAACAAUGCUGUGUUGGUCACAUACUGAUUUAUCAAGCCACCAAAUGAAUACUGGACUUUUGUUUUGUAAAUAAAAAUAGAAAAUUUUGUUUGUGUA